CCCAUGAUUGUUUUCCUUCUCAACAGAAACAUCGUCGCCAUCGUCGCCUUCGACUGCAAAGAACCCGUCCGCUCGUUGAUAUCUAUCAUACCCACCUUGCAAUGAAGUCAUUUGCUAUUCUCUCCUUAUUUAUCACUGCUUCUUUGGCACAAUCUUCUUCCAGUUCCAAUCCUUUCAUUCCUUCAGGAAUCAGCCAAGGUUGUUCAGACUAUUUAACUAGUCUGGACAGCAACAGCAGCUUCUCCUCCUGCACAACCCCAAUCACAUCUGCGACAUCUGCGUUCGCACCGGGGGCUAACUCGAGCAACAUCACCACUAGCACCAUCGAGACUGCAUUGAGCAACCUCUGCUCGGCAUCUGCGUUCACUGCUUGCCCUGACAGCACUGUUCGCUCUCAGUUGAUGUCCUACUACUCGGCAUGCUCAGCAGAACUCACAACGAGUCUCAAUACCGAUGUUCUCAGGACUUAUGAUGUCCUCUAUGUCCUGACGGCACUCAGAGAAGCCAUAUGCUCAAAGUCUGACAACGGGCAGUACUGUGUCACGCAGCUGAACACUACAUCCGGUAGUUCUGCUACUGGAAAUGUGGCUUUGGCGACUUCCAAUACACAACAAGCGUUGCAGCAAUACCUAUAUACAACGCCUGGCAGCGGGGCUUCCGCGCGUCGGGACGAUACCAAUCUCGUGUUCCUCUUCCUUAAUUCCAACAUGAAUUCGACCCAACUCUGCACCACUUGCACACGCAACAUUCUCACAUCAUACAUCACGUUCGAGUCCAAUCUCCCUUACGCCCCAGGUCUGAACAACAGUUUACUGCUCAGUGGUCAGUCUGCUCUUUACAAUGCCAUCAUGUCAAUUUGCCCGAGUGGCUUCUUGAGCGGCGCUGUGCAGGCCGCCGGCGGUCUGUCCAGUGGCAUGAUCAGUGGCAGCCCCCGGUCGAUAAAUGCGGAUGUAUCAUUGCUUGUCAGUGCUAUCUUGGGUGCUGCAGGUCUCGCGGUCUCAGCUUUCUGAGGACCCACAUUAUACAAGUCUGGUGGACUAGUAGCCAAUAGCUGUGGAAUUUCGAUGGUUGUUUAUGGUGACUGGAACGGUGUUUUCUAUUAUUAUACCUAUUGCGAUUACUCUUUAGACAAAUACUCUCCAGGCAUCAUCUUUGAAGUCGCUUGUCAUCUUCCCUUUCACCUUUUGAUCAUUGUGGGCAUCAUUUCAAUCAUCUCGCCUAGUAUCGAGUCGGCUGAAUAGUACCAACGUACUCAUCUCAUUUAUGAUACAAUAAGCUUGUUGGCUGUGCCACAAGGCCUUGAGACUGUUACAUACUAUGCCAUUAGUUACCACUAGUUCGUGCAUCUCGUGCAUCGUCCAAAACAACAUUUUUCUACCAAAAA